GCUAGCAGCGUUAGCAUGGUUAGCUCGGUGCAGCAGACGGUUGUGUUGUGGUGUCGCAGGUAACUGUUCUCUAGUUGGAGGAGAAACGAUGUCUUCGGUCCAGCGGCUGGUCAGCGGGCGGCUCCCUGCGGCUUUUGAAGACGUUUUCCCGGUGUUUGAGAAGACUGUGGUCCGACAGGAGGAGGUGGACCGUCAGAGCAGACUGCUGGAUGUCAGCUGGCAGCCCGAAAUAAAGCUGCACAGAAUCGGUGAGGAACACUGGGAGGGUCUCAGUGGAGAACAGCAGUGGACUGAUGGAGGAGAACCACAGCAGGAAGGAUUCACUGGGGUCUAUGGGGAACAUUCAGACCUCCCUCAGCAACAUGCCCUUAAAGAAGAGGAAGUUCUUGAUAACCAUCAGUGUAGUAACCAAGAAAAGAAGUUCACAGAAUAUCAACAGAUUAAAGAGGAACCACAGGAACCAGAGCCUUCACGGAUUAAAGAAGAACUAGAGGAAUCAGAGCUUCUACAGAUUAAAGUAGAACAGGAGGAACUCUGCAUCAGUCUGGACCAGGAUGAAGAAAAGCCUCCACAUAUUAAAGAGGAACAGGAGGAACUCUACAACAGUAUGGACCAGGAUGAACUAAAGUCAGUGCAGAUUAAAGAAGAACAGGAGGAACUCUGCUCCAAUUUUGAUCAGGAGGAACCCGAAGCCCCACAGAUUAAAGAGGUACAGGAAAAACUCUGGACCAGUCCAGUUGUGCAUAUUUCAGAGAGUGAAUGUGAGACUGACACAGGUGAAAACUCUGUGAAAUACGACAUUGGUGGAAAACCCCGCAAGCAUAAGUCUGAAGUGAAGGAACUUCAUGGAACUGACACAGAUGAGAAGCCAUAUUCUUGCAAUAAAUGUGGCAGAACUUUCAAUUUUUGUGCUCCCUUCAAAAUCCACAUGAGAAUUCACACAGGUGAGCGACCGUAUUCUUGCAAAACCUGUGGGAAAGCUUUCACAAGAAGUGAUAAAUUGUUGUGCCAUAUGAGAACCCACACAGGUGAGAAGCCGUACCUUUGUAACACCUGUGGGAAAAGGUUCACCGACCAAUCAGCAUGUAAACGGCACACAGCAAUCCACACAGGUGAGAAGCCUCACAUCUGUAACAUCUGUGGGCGUAGAUUUGUUGAAAAAUCAGAUUUGAACAUCCACUUGACAAGUCACGUAGGUGAGAAGCAGCAUUCUUGCGAAACGUGCGGUAAAAGUUUCAGACAUAUUAAUAAGUUGUUGUGCCACAUGAGAAUUCACACAGGUGAGAAACCGUUUGUCUGUAACACCUGUGGAAAAAGAUUUACAGACCCGUCAGGAUUUAAAAAGCACACAACGAUCCACACAGGUGAGAAGCUGCAUUCAUGCGAAACGUGUGGCAAAAGCUUCAGACAUACUUCUACUUUGGUUUGCCACAAGAGGACGCACACAGGUGAGCGGCCUUUCCUCUGCAUCACCUGUGGCAACAGAUUCAUCAGCAAUUCUAAUUUGAAAAGUCACAUGAGAACUCACACAGGGGAGAAGCCUUACUCCUGUCAAACAUGUGGUAAAGAUUUCACUCAAAGCACUACCUUGAAACAGCACAUGAGGAGUCACACAGGUGAGAAUUCAGAGACCUAAAAAAAAGCAAAACUGGAAGAAAUGUAAGAAUUUGUGCGGUUCUUAAGUCGAGCUUUGAGAUUUAAUGCACCUUUAGACUUUGCUUUAACAAUAGUGUGAGUUUAUUGCAUGCUACACCUGUUGACGGUUGCAGAAGCUCAUUGCAUUUGUACUUUCAAAAAAGGACAUUAUUUUUAUGUAUUUUUGUUUGAUUGUGAAAAAUUAAGUGCAUCCAAUUGCUGUUAAGCUUCUUUUUGUUGUGCACCUUUGGAUGUACUGACACUGAACUUUGACACUGAAGAAGCUCAAAGAGUUUCUCUGUUCAUCGGUGCAUAGAGCUGCUAUUUUUUGCAUGUACAAGACGCUGCAAACUUACAAAUCCCAAAGUCCAUGUCAAAGGGAGUUAUUCCAAGUUAUUCCAAGAUUUGCACUUCUGAGAACUUUCCUCGUAGUUAGGGGAUAAUCCCUCCUAUUUCCAAACUUUGUGUUUGUGUUGUAUUUGUGCUUUCUGGAAGCAAACCUGAGAUUAAAACUAAAGGUUUCCUAUUUAUUUAUAUGUUUAUUAACUAUUAGCAAUAAUUUGCUCAUAUAAUCACCCAAUUUCAGUCACUCUGACCUGUUUAAUUUGUUAGUAUUCAUGUUGAAUCCUUUGUGGACUGAAGGACCAAUUUUCUUGACUGAGUAAAAGUAAAACCUGCUGCUGGUGCCUCCUUGAUUAUGAGAAGUGCAAUUUGGGCUGAUUUUCACCCACUUUUCUGUCGGUUUUGUCUUGAUACUUUAUCAAGGAGCUUGAAGGACAGAUGUUGUCUAUGUUCUCCUUGUUAGAACUGGGAUUUGUGUUGAUAUGUGGGCAGGUGGAAGGUUCAAUAUUAUAUCAUGAACUGGAAAUUGUGCUUCACUGCACAACAAAUGACUUUCCACACAGAAUAGAUAAAGUGAUGCAUGACCCCCACACUGGUAACGAUGUGUUUUUAAGCUCAAUAUGUGGUUCCUGUUAGAUGUGUGAAACCCUAUAACAUGUGGAUGCCCUGUGACACUGAACACUGACAGACUGAAUGGAUUCUUCUUUUUUUUACUGUGAAAGUUGUGUUUCUAUUGAGACCCUGGAAGAAAUGCUUGACCAAUGUCCUCAUUUGCAGUGUAAAAUAAAGAUAUUAUCAAUGAA